AUGAUUGACGUGACAAUUCCGCUAAAAGAGUACAGCAUUGAUGAUACUGGUGUUCAUGUCUCGGAUACAAUCAGCCGUUCUUUUAUUAUUUUUGGGGAAGAGUUACCAUUAUUCAUCACAUCCGUCGACCCGUUAAAACACCUGUUUCACUCUUUAGCUAUUAAUUUGAAGGAUAGCCUAGUACGAAUUGAUAAAAAUGCAGACUCACUUAUCAAACAUAAUGACCAUGUAUGGCAAUUAGAUCCAACGUUUAUCAGAAAAACCGUUUUCAAUUCCGAUUAUCUAGUGAACAAUGUAGGCCAACAAGGUCGAAUCAGCUUCCAAUUCUUUUACUUGGAGCCACCAUUGAAAACCAAUGAACAAGCAUUAGGAUCCAAUGGUAAUGAAUCGGAUAUACUCCCCUCUUUUCAACCACUAACUGCAUCUCCACCAGGAUCAGCCGAAAGUACGGAUUCGGUUCAUCGCGAAUUGAAAUCAAAAACAGUGGAGUUACCAAUAUACUCUUUGAUGAAUAUGAGACUCAGAAACAUUGCAAUAAGACCAGAAAGGAAUUCAACAACUUCUCAAGUAAUAUCUUCUCUUGAUAUUCAACUAGCACGCAAGUUUGAGGAGUUAUUUCCAGAAGAACCAUAUCUUACUGUUGACUCCCUAUGUUACGAACUCUGCGAUGGGAAUUUUAAAUUACCCCUACAACCUAUGGAGGAAAUGAUAGAAUUUCCGCUUAAUAUGAAACGUCAUGAUGCAUAUACUAUAAAUUAUCAGUUACAGGAUUCCACGAGAUUGAUUAAAGUUACAAUUAUUUAUAAGAUCGGAUCCUCUUAUAAAAUUCGUACGAGCUGGGAGACAGAAGUGUGUCUAGGGAAGCCAACUCCCUCUAAGUCCAUAGUAAGUUCAAAUACCAGCACGCCUACCUUUAUCCAGCCUCCAAGUGUCCAACUACCGCGUGUCCUGGCGCAGGCGCAUUUCAAUUUCCUUCAAUCCAAGAUAACCGUUAAGAAGGGAGAGCCCUUCAAAGUCACUUUACAAGUGGAAAACACUACUCCUAGAGUGUUAAAUCUCGUAGUGUAUCAUAGACCAAAGAGUCCAUUAGCACAGACCUUGAUUCUUAUCACAAAUGAUCUAAAACUACCGCUGUUAUCACCAGGAACAACCUUCCAAUGUGAUCUUGAAAUCAUCGCUAUCGCAAAAGGUUAUCAUCACAAUACGAAAGGAAUCAAAAUAGUAGAUCUGGAAGCAUUAGAUGUAGUAGACCUAGGCUCAUCGUUAUCCAUACUAGUGGAAUGA